GUACGGCAGCAGAUGGAGGAGCAGGUGGCCCAGAAGUCCACCGAGCUGGAGCAGUACCUGCAGCGUGUCCGUGAGCUGGAGGUCAUGUACCGUCAACUGGAGGACGCUCUGGAGGACGAGAGGCGCGCCAGACAGGACGAGGAGGCCGUCCGUCGGCUGCAGGCACGGUUACUGGAGGAGGAGGCCACGAAGAGGGCAGAGCUGGAGCAGAUCCAUCUGCGGCAGCAGCGGGCCAUCUCGGAGACGGAGGCUGAGAAACAGGAGCUGGAGAAGGAACGCCUGGCCAAAGAGAGCGCCCUGCAGGCUGCGAUGAAACAACUGGAACAUCUGGAGCAAGAGAGGCAGGGGGCCCUGGAGCAGUACCAGACGGUGAUGAGGAAGCUGGAAGACGCAACCAACAACACAAAGACCUGGAAGCACAAGGUGGCUGAACACGAAGGCUUGUUACGGCUCAUUCAACCAGGUUCCAAGGGACAGCGGCUGAUCACCAACUGGGGCCCGGCAGCCUUUUCUGAGGCGGAGCUCAGUCUGAGGGAGAAGAAAUGGCAAGAGAUGAAGAACCAGCCAACCCAGGCUCAGUAGAGCUGCUGUAAGACCUGAACCUUUAAAACAUGUCUACAACUCAGAGGAGGAGAGAGGGGUGCUGGGAUAUACUGUAACAUAUCUAAGUAGCGACUCGAAGGAGGGUCUCUGGAUUUUCAGUGGAAUCCAAAUGUAAGGGGGCAUUAAGUGAACAAGUCUCUGUCAUCGUAGGCCACCAUAGAUUAAAGGAGCAGUCACAUUUUCAAAAUAUAAAGAUGAAGUUCUCUUAUUUUAGCAGGGAUCCAAUAAUAAAUACUAAACGAGGAAGUGAUAAUGUGAGGAAAAGUGCUGGAGCGAAAGCUUUGCGGUUACGUUUUUUUUAAGUUUCAAGUCCAGUGGGGAAGAAGUUCUGUUUCCAAAACAGUGUACAGGGAUUUAAAGAGUUGUAAAGGCAGGAGAGUUCACAUGGGUAAAUACUGAUGUUUAACCCCAACAACCACCAUAGAGACAGUAUAUUACAGUAAUUCUGGGCUGCAGGGCAGGAAAAUAACUUUAAAUAAUGCCAUAGCCCUUUUGAUUUGUCGGUAGUUUAGCGUUUAUCCUCUUAAAGGACCAAUGGCGAAGCUACCAGUCUCUUAAUACAAAGCUGUAACUGGUUAGAACUUCAGUCUAUUAACAGAGGACAGUUGCUAACAGUAUACAGGCUAUAAACACAGUAUCAUAUGUUGGUUUUUUAUCUUUAUCUAUGAAAUGCACUACGUCUGACCCUUCUGCAGUGUUUUAGGUUCAAUCUGCUGUAAAGUUAAGAGCUGGUCAGAACUUUGAAUCCUUGUGUAAAAUCUUUGCAAGGAGCUACCGAAAUUACUACAAACCACUCUGUUUCCUGUGACUACGAUCUCCUUAACUCAUUGGGUAUAAGGGAUUUUUGUAAAUAUUUUAACGGCAGUUCUGUUUUUUUUCUCUUUCUUACUAAAGUUAAGCUGCACAAAGGCGGCUAAUGUAAAGUCAAUGAUGUUUAAUAAACUGCUAACAAAGCUGUCUUCUAAGAAAAUAAAACAUCCUGAAUUGAAAUAUCACGUACGAUUCACUAAAUUGUUUAUUGAGCUUUUCUCUGUCUGACUAACUGGCUCUUAAACAUUUCCUGCUUGUAAACACUGUGUCAGAAAAUAGGGCAUUUUGAACAAGAAUGCUAACCGCUGAACGUUUGUACUGUGUUGUACUGUAACCUCCAGUGCCCUUGAUACUGUCGUGAGUGAACAUUGUGAUUUCUAUUUUGUGUUUUUUUAUAUAUAUAUGUAAAAAGCUGAAGACUGAACUAUGUAAUAAAACAUAUCCUGAAUAA